GGGUGCCGUCUAGUGCAGUCAGUGGAAAAGCUGGGUGAGGUUUGCAGUCAAAGUGCCUUGUCUGUGUCCCAGUGAAGAGUUCUGUCUGAAAGCCUCGUGUAUUGUGACAGAAACUCAAUGCUCCCUCACUCUGACCUGGAAAGGGGUUUUUCCAGUUGCACACAUGGGAGGAAGCCUCCCAGAAUCAAAGGAAGAGCCCCAGGAACCAGGACCAUUGGCCUUAAGGAGCUGAAAAUUCUCUGAAGAUGAGGCCCCUUUUGCUUCUGCUCCUGUUCAUCGGUGAGGCCCCGAGCCGCACGGCAUCGAAGCCCAACUUCGUCCUGCUGAUGGCCGACGACCUCGGCAUCGGCGAUCCUGGCUGCUAUGGAAACAAGACCCUCAGGACCCCCAACAUCGACCGCUUGGCCAGAGGGGGAGUGAAGCUCACGCAGCACCUGGCGGCGUCGCCCCUGUGCACACCCAGCAGGGCGGCCUUCAUGACGGGCCGCUACCCCAUCCGCUCAGGGAUGGCGUCUCGGUCGCAAUUCGGAGUUUUCCUCUUCUCCGCCUCUUCCGGAGGACUUCCACAUGAUGAGAUCACGUUCGCCAAGCUUCUGAAGAAUCAAGGCUAUUCCACAGCUCUGAUAGGGAAGUGGCACCUUGGCACCAGCUGUCACAACAAAACGGACUUCUGUCACCACCCCUUGAGCCACGGCUUCGACUACUUCCACGGGCUGCCCCUGACCAACCUGCGGGACUGCAAGCCGGGAGAAGGCAGCGUGUUCACCAGGGCCUUCAGGCUGCUGGCCUUCAUCCCCCUGCAGGUCCUCGCCAUCACACUGCUGACCCUGGCCGUGCUCCGGUGCCUGGGGCUCGUCCGGGUGCCCCCCUUCAUCUUCCUCUGCCUGCUCUUCCUGGGCGCCCUGGUCCUGGGCGCCCUGCUCUGCUUCCUGCACUACUUCCGGCCCCUGAACUGCUUCCUCAUGAGGAACCGUGACAUCACCCAGCAGCCUAUGUCCUACAAAAACCUCACGGAGAGGCUCACGGCCGACGCGGUCCGGUUCAUACAACGGAAUGCUGAGACCCCUUUCCUGCUUGUCCUGUCUUUCCUACACGUGCACACGGCUCUCUUCUCUUCAAAGGACUUUGCUGGCAAAAGUAAACACGGCGCUUACGGGGACGCCGCUGAGGAAAUGGAUUGGAGUGUUGGGCAGAUCUUGGACGUUCUAGAUGAGUUGAAACUGGCUAAUAACACCCUGGUCUACUUCUCCUCGGACCAAGGAGCACAUGUAGAGGAGGUGACCGUCAAAGGGGAAGUUCACGGAGGCAGUAACGGAAUCUAUAAAGGGGGAAAAGCCAACAACUGGGAAGGAGGCAUCCGGGUUCCGGGCAUCCUCCGAUGGCCGGGAGUGAUCCAGGCGGGGCUGGAGGUGGAUGAGCCAACAAGCAACAUGGACAUCUUCCCCACGGUGGCCAAACUGGCAGGGUCCCCGCUGCCGGAAGACAGGAUCAUUGAUGGACGUGACCUGAUGCCCCUGCUUCAAGGGAAGAGCCAGCGUUCGGAUCACGAGUUUCUCUUCCACUACUGCAACUUCUACCUGAACGCCGUGCGCUGGCACCCACGCAACAGCACGUCCAUCUGGAAAGCCUUUUUCUUCACACCCAAGUUCUCCCCCGAGGGCGCCAACGGAUGCUUUGCCACCCACGUGUGUUUCUGUUAUGGGCAACACGUCACCCCCCACAACCCGCCUCUGCUCUUUGACAUCUCCCGAGACCCCAGGGAGAGAAACCCGUUAACUCCGACGUCGGAGCCCCGGUUCGAGGCGAUCGUGGAGGCCAUGAAGGAAGCGGCAGCCCGCCAUGCCGAGACCCUGCGGGACGUCCCCAACCAGCUGUCACUGGGGAACAUUAUCUGGAAGCCGUGGCUUCAGAUGUGUUGUUCCUCCUCAGGCCUGUCUUGCGAGUGCGACCGGGAAAAGCAGGGCAGGAGAGGGAGCCGUUAGCCGUGUGCAUCUGGGGACCCAGGGCUGCCCCACCUGCUGCAUUGCAGACACGCGUGGGGAGCGGCACUGGGUGAAGCCAGCCCUGGCGGGCCACCCCGGAAUUCAGAUCUGUUCUCUGUCUUCUCACCUGGAGGCUCCCUCAAGACCCCAAUAUUUAUGCCUUGGGGUAAACAGUCAGGGUUUGCGGUAAACAGAGGCACAGAUGUUAGUUACAUCUUCCAAGGCCAAGGUUAUGUGAAUGCAGUAGGCAGGAUUCCAAUGAGUCUGGCCAACACUGGUGCAGACAGAGAGCAGAAAGGUGCCCAGGUAACCGCUUUACCUCUUAGCCGAUGCGUGCGAUCCACCAUCACUUACUCCACAAGCUGCGGGGUUGCCGUGGCCACCGAGUCCCCUAGAGUGCACCACGAAAAAGAGAAUGAACCUUAAACAGUGUUUACUAAAUGUAACAUGUGCAACUUUAUAACGAGUAAAAGACUGUCUUGACUGAUCAUGGAUGAUGGAAAGUUCAAAUUUGGUUAUUGGAAGGCAAUUACUGUCAGUAUUAUUUGCAAUAAUAUGAAAUACUAUUCAUGACAUAUAUGUUUAUAUAUAUACAGUUUCUUUCUUCAAGAAGUUUACAGUAUUUAGAAGCUUUUCACUGUUUAAGUAAAACAAGAGAUGCUUACAGAUCUGUUUGUGCAACAGCCUUUUGGUGAAAUCCCUCAGGAACAAUAAUGCCAAGACAGAUCUCUCCUGUGCGGAUUUGUAUGCCCUAACGUGUAGCAUUCUGUGUGGGUUCUGCUGUUUCUUUGGUGAAUGGAGGUUCUGAACUAAAAGGCCCCUUCAAUGAUGCUGCAGUUCAGGAACCCCUUCUAACAGAAUUCAGAAUUAUCGGCAUGUAAAAUGUAUGAUAUUUCAUGGGGGGACAAAGACACAAGAAGUCCAUCCAUGACCCACACCCAUGAGCGUGACAUCUUGAGUUCUUGCAGGAUUUAGUCAUGAGAGAAUGGUGGUUCAUGUCCGUACAUGUGUUUUGUGUGGUCUGAUCCUCUGGCUAAGAAAUAUCUAUGCCUCCACCAUGAGAUGUGCCAUUUUGUUUGAAUUCCAUUUCCUGCAACCUCAGUAACGCAGGAUGAGGCCUAACCAGGUCACGCAGGAGACGGGCGGUCAGGGGCACAGCUGGAGAGAGUUCCAAAGUCUGGACCACCAGCAUCUCCUGAGGAAAGAAUUCACCUGUGUGGAGAACACUUCUGUCACCUUCAGACGCCGUACAUCCUCCAACAAUAUUAUGCGGAUUCCUUUACUGAUCCAUCCACAGAAGCUGUGGUCCAUCGGCCUCCCAUUCAUCUCUUUUGGGAACAUGUCUGAGCAUCUGCUCUUGGCUCAGGGUUUUCUGGAUUCCUCGAGAGUGCGCGUCAACUGGAAUACCCCACCCCGCCGGGUACCCUGACCCCGCUGGGCACUUUGGAGAGAAUGUAUGCGGUGUGUCUCAGGCUUUCUGACAGCAGAUUCUGAUUUCCUCUGUUUGUCUGCACUGAGGAAUUUUAAGGUCCAGCAGCAUUUCCGCAGCUCCUGUUUAAGGUCUGCUAUUUCAGAUUUUAACCUUUCUUUUUCUUAAAAAAGAGAAAUGAUUUUUCCCCCUUCGUGGGAAUGGUUCAAAGUUGGAAAGCAAACAAGAUUCUUUCUUUUAAUGCGGAUUUCUCAUUCCAGAAAUUGCCAAAAGUCUGUCACAUUGUUUUAGGAAAUAUUCUCAUGAAAGAAUGCACGAGCAUGUUACUGAUAUUUUAGGAUUAUUCCUACUAUCAUGCAAAAACUGUAUAAAGCCACUGUUACAAACUUAUGCUUUAAAAUAAUCAUGUUUACUCAGAGUUGAACAUACUCAAUGCAGAUGGACUUUUAUAAAACAUUUUAUGAUGUGAGAACGUGUAUUUGAGGGUGAAACAACUUGAAGGACUUUUAUGGGUGAUGUGAAUAUAUAGCUUUGUAUAGAAUUAAUUGUUUAAUAUGUACAAUGGUAACAGGCAAUGAAGAAAACAUAUACCUCUGGAGCUACAGUGAGCUUUAAAGUAUUUGCCUUAAGAUAACUUGGAUCACCAUUAUGUUUCAGGGUAUUUGAAAAUCAGGUUUAUUUGUAAUAGUCAUAGUUACCUUGGACUUCAAACCACCUACCACCUGAAAGUUUUGCUUGGAAUGUACAACAAGAAAUGGGAAUUCCCACUGGUGUGAGCUCUUGAGUUGUAUAUGCAAACCUUAGUGGGUUUUGAAGCUUUAAACAAAUUCUUUUUAGAAAAUCUUUACAUUUGUAGCAUUUCAUAGAUGUUAAGAGCUAAGCACACAGUAACCUAUAGACAGGUAUAAUUGCACAAUGUCAGUAACGCUGCAUGAACAGCAACAUUGCAGCUUACAUAUCAAGGUAGUGAAGGACUCAGGAAAGGAAACAGAUUUCAGGUGGCCCUGAAGGACAUCCAGUGAAGAGUAAAAGAAACAGGAAAAGUAUUUGGCACGUGUCUGAACAACGUGAUCUGUGAUGUGGUUGCUUCUGCGAAGGUUUCCCAGAACCUUGUUGUGAUGUGAAUUCGAAAUUAAAAUAAAAUGUUC